AUGGCUCCUCCAGCUUUGAUAUUAUUUGAAGAUCGUUACAUCCAAAAAUCGAGUGACAAUGAGUGGAAUGGUUUCAACGUUUUUCCGGGAGAAAACCCUAACCCUAAUUUUAAUUUCUUGGUGAAGAAGGCGGACGUCUCCCCUAUUGUUUCCCGUGUAUCGGUGAAAGAUGAGAGCUUCAGAAUGGUCUUACCUCCUGCGAUGUCUCCACCAAGAGACACUGCAGUUCCGCUUCCUGUUCUUCCGCAGCCAAUGAUGAACUCACGGAAGAAGCUUAGCCACCAAGAAUCAAUGCUUUCUCUACGAAAAUCUCGGUAUCCCGAGAAAAAACUCUACCAAGAAGAAGAUGAUUUCAAGUGCAAUGCCUUCUGUUUAUCCCUCCCUGGUUUCGGGAAGCAAAAACCAGUGAGAUCACCGAAAAGCGAGGAUUCUAUAAAGAAGAAAAUGAUUAAAGCGUCAUCCUUCUCAAACUCCACCGUCUCGCUGCGUGCUUCGCUCGAGAAGUUCGAGUGUGGCUCAUGGGCUUCAACAACCGCUCUGGCCCGCGAAAACGGCAGAUUAUACUUCGAUCUGCCCGUGGAAAUGAUCAAAUUCGGCGGUGGAGAUGUGCAAGAACCAGUGAGCUCAGGUUUCUUCUUUGACAAGGAAACAGGAGGUCUAGCUUUGAGAAGCGUUCUAAAGACUUCUCCAUCGGGAAGACAACAAAGGGUUUCCGCAGAAACGUCACCGCAACGCCGAGUCAGAUUCUCGACCGCGACCUCGGAAUCUUGCCCGGCUUCGCCACGAUCUUGUAUCACCCCACGGUUGCUUAAAGCUAGAAAUGACUUCAAUACGUUCUUGGCAGCACAGAACGUGUGA